AUGCGAGGGAUACACAGUUGGCCAAGUUUGAAAUCAAAUCCCAGAAAACGGACUUCAGCUGAGAGGAUGCUUGUAGUGUUGAUAUUUCUCCUGUUCCUUGAGGAAGGAUUUGCUCUGGCACAAAAGACUAAAGAUGGAGGUGCAGCAUCAAAAGGGGCGAGACCUUCUCAACGGCCGAAGCAAUCUCAUCACUGUGGGAACUGGGAACGAAACACAGAAGGUGGCACCUUCAGCUCCCCAAACUACCCGAAAACAUACCCUCCCAACAAGGAGUGCCUGUACGUACUGGAAGCCCUGCCCCGCCAGAGGAUAGAGCUGCUGUUCCAUCAGACCUUCUACAUCGAAGCGUCAUUUGAAUGUCGUUUCGACCACAUCGAGGUGCGGGACGGUCCCUUCAGCUUCUCGCCACUCAUCAAUCGCUUCUGUGGCUCAGCCAGUCCUGGACUGGUCCUCUCUAGCGGACGCUUCCUGUGGAUCCGCUUCUUCAGUGAUGAAGAACUGGAGGGGAUUGGCUUUCAGGUCCAGUACAGCUUCCCAGCAGAUCCCGAGUUUCAUCUGCACGUGGGAGGACUCUUAAACCCCAUCCCAGAUUGUCAGUUUGAGCUGACUGGGGCUGACGGAUUGAUCCGUUCCAGUCAGGUGGAGGAGGAUUAUAAAGUGAAGCCAGACCAGGCAGUAGACUGCAUCUGGACCAUACGAGCCCCUACGAACAACAGGAUUUACCUGCGAUUCUUGGAAUACCAGAUGGAAAACUCAAAUGAAUGUAAGAAGAACUUUGUGGCUGUUUAUGAUGGCAGUAAUGCCAUUGAGGACCUAAAGGCCAAGUUUUGUAGUACAGUAGCUAAUGACAUCAUGCUGGACACCGGCGUGGGAGUAGUGAGGAUGUGGGCUGACGAGACAAGCCGUCUCAGCCGCUUCCGGAUGCUGUUCACUUCUUUUACAGACCCACCCUGUUCAGGCAGUGCAUUCUUUUGCCACAGUAACAUGUGCAUCAACACUUCUCUGGUGUGCAACGGCAUACAAAACUGUGUCUUUCCCUGGGAUGAAAGCAACUGCAAAGAGAAAAAGAGCAAAGGUGUUUUUCAUCAGAUCACAAAGACUCAUGGGACAGUAAUCUGUGUGUCUACGGGAGUGGUGCUACUCCUCCUCAUCAUCUCCAUCCUGGUGCAAGUGAAACAGCCACGAAAGAAGGUGUUGGUACGUAAGAAUAACCUGUUGCACCGAGGCGACUUCCAGGAGGUGUUUGACCCUCCGCAUUAUGAACUCUUUACUCUCAGAGACAAGGAUAUGUCUGGGGACCUUGGGGAGUUAUCAGAAGAACUCCAGUCCCUGCAGGCGCUCAGGAGAUCCUCAUCAGGCUCACGCUGCAUUCACGAACACCACUGUGGCUCUCAGGCUUCUGUCAACUCCGUCAAAGCCAGUCAAGGUGCACAUGACAUGGGCAGAGGAUCCCUGGAGCUUCCCCCUUUCAGAGGGGACCUUCAAAGUGCAUUGCCUCCCUCCAGGGACUUGAACAGCAGUAUGCGGAAGAAGAGCUGGCCUAGUAUGAAACCAGGACGAUUGCAAGGCCAUCAUGGUAUGGGGGAUAGAGCGAUGGGGCGGCAGGAUAGAGUGAUGGAGGAGGAUGAAGAGGAGGAGGAAGAUGGAAGGUAUGAUAUGUAUGUACGCAGAGCAGGAGGCCGAAGAGGGAACUAUGAAAUGGCCCAGCAAAGAUCCUUGUCCAUGGACUUCUGAAAAGAAAAGGCAAGGUUGGCACUGUAAAUAAUGCAGUGACAACUUUUCAAUCAGAGCCACAAUUUGGGGGCAAUCCUUGACUUCUCUUUUUUCACUUGCCUCCUUCACAGUGAGGUUGGGAC